AUGGUGAGACAGAUUCAGAAGAGGUUGAGAGCUACUCAGAGUCGACAAAAGUCUUAUGCUGAUAGAAGGAGGAGACCACUAGAGUUUGAGGAGGGAGAGCACGUGUUUCUCAGGGUGAAACCUACUACUGGUGUGGGAAGGGCAGUAAGGGCUAAGAAACUCACACCGAAAUUCAUUGGUCCUUACCAAAUCCUUCAUCGUGUAGGUCCGGUAGCUUAUCAGUUGGCGUUACCUCCGUUUCUGUCCAACCUGCAUGAUGUGUUUCAUGUUUCACAGUUGAGGAAGUACAUUAGAGACCCGAGUCACGUGGUAGAGAUGGAUGAGGUGCAAGUUAGAGAGAACUUAACCUAUGAGAAGAGACCGGUAGCUGUGGUUGAUCACAAGUUGAAGGAACUUCGUGGCAAGUCCAUUAGCUUGGUGAAGAUUCUGUGGGAUGCAGCUACUGGUGAGGCAACCUGGGAAAUAGAGAGCCAGUUCAAGGAACAGUAUCCAUUUCUCUUUUCAAUUCAGAACGGGCCAUUCCGGUAUCGGUAUAGGCCGUUCUGGCCAAUCCGGAAAAGUGGAGCUGCUGAUGCUGAUGGAGUUAAUGACGGUGGAGCAGCUGCUAAUGAUGAUGACCAAACUUCAUAG